AUGUCAACAAGCUCAACAUCUUUCACGCCCGAGAUGGCUUUGUCAACGAAGGGGAGAAGCAGUAGGUCGAACACCAUUUUGCGACAAGAAACGCGAGAUAACGCCACUUACUUCGCCUAUGGCUACGAGAUCCUGAAAAUGCUUGGCACACCCGAGGUUCUCCAACCAAGAUGGGACCAGAUCUACAAAGACGUGCGGCCAGAGACUUGA